GACCGGCUGCAGCCCAGGCAGUUACACGUUUUCCCCCCAGGAGCCUCUGUCCUCGUCACCAGCUCGGGGUCAGAGACGGAGUGGUGACCAUGGCGGGGCUGGUGCUGUCUCCCGUGCCCAACAACUGGCUGGUGGCACUGCUGCUGCUGCUGCUAUCAGCAGGUGUGCCAGCAGCCAAAACAGAAGACCUGUACCCGGAUCCCAAAGGAAGCAGUUGUUCCCAGAUCUGGCAGAACCCACGUUUCAUAGGCCGGAAAAGGGGCGCCAUGGUGGAAAUGAGGUGCCACACAAAAGACUUGGGAACAGUGAGCUGGCUCCGGAAGCGGGAGAUGGACUUGGAACCCAAGCCCCUGCCCGAUGACACCCGCAUCCUCCAGAGCCAGAACGGCUCCGUCGCCACCCUCACCAUCCAAGGCAUCCAGUUCCAGGACAACGGCAUCUACCUCUGCCAGCAGAAGUGCCUGAAGGGGUCCCUCAGCAUGGGCUGUGGCACUGAGCUUCGAGUCAUGGGAUUCAGCACCAUAGCACAGCUGAAGAGGAGGAACACUCUGAAAGAUGGCAUCAUCAUGAUCCAGACCCUGCUCAUCAUCCUCUUUAUCAUCGUGCCCAUCUUCCUGCUGUUGGACAAGGAUGACAGCAAGCCCGGAAUGGAUGAAGACCACACCUAUGAGGGCCUGAACAUUGACCAGACGGCCACCUAUGAGGACAUAGUGACUCUACGGACGGGAGAGGUGAAGUGGUCAGUGGGGGAGCACCCGGGCCAAGAGUGAGGGGCCGGCCCUCCCCAUGCCUCUGGGCCCAGCCAGCUGGGCCUUCGUGGACUGCUUCAGAGCCACCGCCAGCUCCCAGCUCAUCUCUCCCCUGGACCUCGGUCAGCCUCCGAAGCUGGCCCACCAGAUCUGCCUGCCCCUCUAGCCCCUGGUCUCCAGGUCUUACCAAAGAGACCAGAGUAAAAGGGGCACAUGGUAGUGAUUUGGAGUGGGGAGUUCUCUGGGGACAGACUGGACCCAACCUUCUGGGGGUGCUAUGUGAGGAUCCAUCCCACAUUCAGGACGGUGAAGACAGAGGCUUAUCCGAAACCUGCAAAUGGACUCAGAGCAGACCAGCUUCCUGCAGAGCCUGGGAAAGGUGGUGGCCGAUCGCACUUGGCCACAGAUGGGCCAUGGAGAGCCACCUGCCUCUCCCACUCUCUCCCACCUUCUCCUGCCCCAGGGGGCUCCUAGCCUUGAUCCCAUUCUCCUAUGGAAUAAACAGUGUGUCGAGAAACCACA